AUGUGGCCGGAUGGCACGGAGUAUGUCGGGCAGUGGCGCGAGGGCCGUGCCAGCGGCGUCGGGUGCAUCAAGCACAGUGACGGCGACUGCUACACUGGCCAAUGGGUCAACGGCCGUGCUCAUGGCUUGGGGGUGUAUCGUUUCCAGGAUGGUGCGGCCAGCUACGAAGGCCAAUUUCGCUGCGACCACCGUGACGGAUUGGGAGUAGAGCGAUGGGUGGAUGGCUCCUGCUACGCUGGCGGCUUCCUGCAGGGUAGAAAAAGCGGUUUCGGGUCCAACAAGUGGCCAGACGGAACCGUAUACCACGGCAGCUGGCGCGAAAACUCGCCGUCGGGCCCUGGAGAGUAUACUCUCAGUGGAGGUCCCAGCUUCCGUGGCCAGUGGGAAAACUCCAUGCCACAUGGUGUUGGUGUCUACCAGUGGCCGGACGGAAGAACGUACGCAGGUGGAUACCACUUCGACAAGAAGGAGGGCUUCGGUGUCUUCACCGAUGCUGACGGCAGUGUGCGUCAGGGCUACUGGAGCAAUGGUGAGCUGGUGGAGUAG